UUGUACGCUACUUAACCACGGUGGCUUUUAAUCCGGCAUUGGUUGCGUCAUUACGUUAAAGUAAGUUUAGAUAAGAUUUAAUAUUUUGAGCAUCAUGGUAACGUGUAAGCUAAUUUUUCACUUGUAUUAUAUUUGUAACCGUCUUAAAAUGUUUGUUAGUUUCUAUUAAUGAUUUAUCUAUAUUUUGAAAGGACUUACUUGAAUAUUUAUUCGAUAAAAAUCGUCAUGGCGGCAGACGCCGUGUCAAAAUCGAACCACCCUGUCCGUUAGAGGGGCGUUGGCAGUUGGAGCAGGAAUGUGCUGCGCGUGCUGUCGCUAGCGAAUGGACAGACAACAUGGAGGACCAGCGGGAUGUUCAAACUUCCAGGAGAAACGGGAGCUCCAGGUCGUUGUUAUCGGCCGGUUCUGCCGUGGCGAUGGAGAUUAAACGGAAGAAAAUACGACAAAGCGCAUUAUUCCUACAAACAGAGAACACGAACAUACAGGAAAAGCUCGACUUUGAGAUGCGAAUGCGCGAGGGUGCCUACAAGCUGCUGCUCGCCUGCAGUAAGAGAGAGCAGGUUCUCAACGCCUCCAAGAACCUGCAGACCUGUAACGCCAGGAUCAAGGCUUAUCUCUCACAGCUGCAGAAGAAGAAAGAGGAGCAGGACGCAAUGGGAGCGGUCAUGAAACUUUCAGAUCCAGUUUCAGAUGAGCGUGUAUCCUGUAAUGGGACAAUUGCAGUGUCUGGGCUGCGCUUUCCUUUGAUGUGGAGGGAUUCAGCCUACUUUAACAACAGAGGGAGCUCCCGUCGAGUUGCGGUGUUCUGUCUGAUGCAGAUUGGCUCCGAGGUGUUUGACACAGAGAUGGUGGUGGUGGACAGAUCAGUCACUGACAUUUGCUUUGAGGGAGUCACCAUCUUUAAAGACGCAGAUCCUUACUUUGAGCUGAAGGUGGAGCUGUGGAGCUGUGCCGUGGAGGAAGAGCUCACCUUGGUAAACACGCCAAAGAAGUUGGCAAAGAAGCUCCGCAGCUCCUUUGGAAAGACCGCUGGGAAGAAGCUGUGCCCUCUGCUGGACAGUCCAGACCCUGACACCUUCCUGCAGUACAACCCCAUACCCGUCGGAGCCAAGUACAGCCUGCUGGCCUACACUACACUGAGCCUGCCCGAGGCAGACGGCAGCUUUCAGUCUCACUCUCUCAUUGUCCUCCAAGACGCUGAGUGGUCAUCUUGGCUCCCCCUGUAUGGCAACCUCUGCUGCCGCUUGGUGGCCCAGCCUACCUGCAUGACACAGAGCAUGAUGAGCGGCUACCUGAGCCAGAAGCAAAGUGUGGAGGGGAUCUAUCGCUGCUGCAGUCUGUACUGUGUGCUGAGCGCUGGACUUUUGUCCUGUUACUUCACCCCGGAGGAAAUUGAUGCUAAAGUGCAGCCCACCCUCAACGUACCCAUCAACAAGGACACCCGGAUCCGUGUGGUGGAGAAGGACUCAGCAGGCCAGAAAUCCAGGAGUCUGUCCAUCAUCAACCCUUCACCGGACGGGUCUGAGACCGUCGUCUUCACCACGGAAACCAGGGAGGAGCUGGAGGACUGGCUGGACGCCCUCCAUCAGCACCUCUAUGAUCAGAGCCAGUGGCUGCACUGCUGCAACCAGCUAAUGAAGAUUGAGGUCGUGUCACCACGGAAACCAUCACUCUUCCUCACCAAGCAGGCUGACUCUGUUUACAAUGACCUCAGUAUAAAUUCACCCGGCAAGUUUGAGAGCAUCACAGACAUGAUCCACAACAAGAUAGAGGAGACAGACGGCCGCUAUCUUAUAGGUCAUGAGGAGGAGAAGGAAGUGCCUAAUUGGUCCACUCUGUUUGACGGGUCCCAUUCAAUGGUAGUAGUGCAGAAGGGUGUUCUGUCCCAGAGCAAAACCUCCACCCCUUACUCAAGCCCCAACCCCAACACCAGCUCUACGUCCAUCGGCAGCAAGAAGCGUCGUGCCCCGCCCCCUCCCUCCGACAGAGAGCCUUACGCUCCUCCCAGCCGCCCUGCCAGACCUCCACUCCCUGCCUCUCUUCCUCCUCCUCUUCCUUCAUACCAGGAGAAGGAGAACUCCGGCACUUGCACUUCACGCCCAGCUGCAAGGUCCAAAACUGGCAGGCCCUCUCUGGACGCCAAAUUCUCUGCCAUCAUCCAGCAGCUCCAGCGGAGCAACGCAGGAGGAGCUGGAGCCAUCAGCCGGAAAAACGCUCCACUGGGUGUCCUCGACAUACAACCACACAGCCAGCCUCAGCCUCCUCUCCAGCAGCUGGAGCACCACAACCACCACUCCCAGCACGCUGAAGCCGCAGGUGAACACGGCUUCCUCAGAGCGAGUCACGGUCCUGGUCCUGGUCCUGUUCCCGCACCGAGGAGCAAACUGAGGAAGUCUUUCAGAGAGAGGAUGAACCUUAAAGCAUUGUGACCUCCACCUGCAACAUUAGCUGAAUUUAACAAACUAAACUUAGUGUGCCACUAAUACAAAUAACAGAACGUUUCAGCUGAGCUCAGUGACAUUUAUAAAAUCAGAUAUCACAGUAUACUUGACUGCAGCUCAGUAGCAAUAAUGAUAUUUAGAGCAUGACUGUAAAUGUGGACCCACUGGUUUUCCCAUUAACAUCGUUAGCUGCUAGUCGGCCCAGCCACCUCCCUCUGUGUCCUUAUGCUAAGCUAAGCUAGCUAUCUCCAACUCCAACUUAAUGAGCUGAUAGAUAAGAGAGUGGUAUCGAUCCUCUCGUCAUAUUUCCCAAACUGUUGACCUAUUUCUUUAACCUAAAGGACGGGUGGGUGACCUGCUCACUUAAACAAAGAUCCUCACAGUGUCCAUCAUGACGACCCAAAUCCCAGCUGACACCUCAUAUCACAAUAUCAAUACUGUAUUGAUGCAUCUGCAGCUCCACUGUCCAUUUAUAAACUCUUUCAUGUGCAGCUAACCCGUAGAUGAAAUUGAAAGCUGUAUGUUGGCUCGAGCGCCGCCGUCAUCAAUCCCACUAAAAUGGAAAGGCUUAUUUCUCAGCUCUGCCACUGGAACAUGGGCCGAAGAAAGAGCCUUUGCAAAAGCACUCAAAUUGGAAUUGAUCCAUUGGCCGACUGUGAACGAGUCAUUCCUUUUGGAACUAUUGACUUAUUCCACUUACUGUGACAACUUUAUGACCACUAUAGCUGAUUUUAAGGGAGCAGGAUUUUAGGAGCAAUCGCAAGCACUAAUGUGACUUAUCCAUUUCCCAGAGGUCCUAAUAAUGGAGUGACCUUGGUUUUCAGAGGCUACACACUAUGUCCAACAUAAUUUAACACUGCAGCCUGUAAAUGCUAUGUGCAUAAAUGAAUGAAUGAGUCUUUUGAGUGGCUGACAUAAUGAAUGCCCUUGUGUUUGUGUUUUGAACAUAUCCAAUAUUGCCAGCCACUAAAUAUUUCAACCAAUUAACAGUCACGUGUUGAAGAAUGGUCUUCGUAAUUACACACAGUGUACAAAACAUUAGCUUCAGCUACUUUCUCUGAAAUUGCCUGGCAAGAUGAAGCAUUACGGUGAAAGCUACAAUCCCUUUUUUUUUUAUCUCACCCUCUAAAAUUCUGUUUAAUCAAGAGGGGGGGAUGUAGAUUUGGGGGGAGGCGGAUUACAGGAGGAUUUAGUUUAAGCAUUGAAAGAACCAAGAAUGGAUUGUACAAAAGGGGAUGCUGCUCAAUAUUAGCAGCAAGUUCAAAAUGUUUUCCAUGCCUGGUGUGUAUUACCAACACAUUAAUCACUUUGAUGUUGUACUGUAUAUACAUGGACAAACAAGGGAAGGUUCUCGGAUCAGACUUCACAGCAUCUGUUUUUAUUGACGCUGAAACACCUUGGACUGUGUGAUAAUGGCUGAAAUCAUCACAGUAUCCUGUUGCACUUCCUGUAACAUCUUGGCCAUUUUCAGUUGUGCUUAGUGUGCGAGAGACUAAAGGAUAUUAAAUUACACACCGAUGUUAGUGACAGUUAUGGUGAAAGCUAACAUUAACAUACAGUAUUUCAGAUUAACUGUGUAGCUGUGGUGAAAGCAGGACAUGUUGCACCUGCAGAUAUUAAAGGGACAGUUCACCCCAAAAUCAAAAAUACAUGUUUACUCUUACCUGUAGUGAGAUUAUCAAUCUAGAUUGUUUUUGUGUGAGCUGUUGAAUGUUUGAGAUAAUGUCUGCCUUCUCUCAAAUAUAGUGACUAGAUGGCACUCGGCCAAAAAAAAAAAAAAUAAAUACGUUUGAAAAACUCAACAUCAGUGUCUCUUUCCAGAAAUCAUGACCCGGUUACUCAAUAUAAUCCACAGACCUUGUUGUGAGCAGUUUCUUACCGGAACUUUAUUUCUACGGAACUACAGUGGCCAACCAUAUCACCUUGCAGAAGGGAGCGUGCAUCUACUCAUGGAUGAGAUGCUCGUGCUCGUGAUGUAAACAUAUUGCCACCCUCCAUGGCUGAGCUGUAACUUCAGCUAGCUCAGUGGUGCUAGGUGAGCUAGCAGUAGAUGCGUGCUUCCCUCAUCGUAGUAAAACAGUGAGCAAUUUCAUGUAGGAACUAAUUCUUUCUACCAAACUACACCCACCAACUGUAUCACCGUGCGGAAGGAAGCGUGCAUCUACUCCUGGAUGAGAGGCUCGUACCCAUGACAGCGCAAGAUGUAAACAUAUUGGCACCUUCCUUGGCUGAGCUGUAACUUUAGCUAGCUCAAUGGUGCUUGGUGAGCUAGCAGUAGAUGCAUGCUUCCCUCUUCGUAGUAAAACAGUGAAGACUUUCAUGAACUAUUUUCUUUCUACCAAACCACACCCACCAACUGUAUCACUGCUCAGAAGGAAGCGUGCAUCUACUGCUAGCUCAACUAGCACCACUGAGUUAGCUAACAUUACAUCUCAUUUUAGGAGGACGCCAUUAAUGUUUACAUCUGGCGCUGUCACAAACACGAGCCUCUCAUCCAUGAGUAGAUGCACACUUCCUUCUGCGCUGUGAUAUAGUUAUAAGUUCCUUCAAGCAACUGCUCACAACAAGGUCUGUUGAUUAUCUUGAGUAACUGGAUCAUGACUUCUGUAAAGAGACAUUGCUGUUGUUUUUUGUCACGUUGAGCACCACAAGCUGAGUGUCAUCUAAUUCCAUUAUAUUGGAGAGAAGGCAGACAUCUCUACGGCUGAUAUCUCCAACACUCGCCAGCUCACUCCAAAACAGUCUAAAGUGAAACAGCACUACAGGUAAAAUUGUGUUGUUGAUUUUGGAGUAAACGGUCUCUUUAAGCUUGAUGAGCAUGUAGUCUAGCUGCUUUAUGACUGAACAACGACUGAAUGUUUUGAUCAGAGCCAAACUAAUGAGCCCAAUUUAUAUUAAUAUACAAUGUUUUUUAUGUCUUUACAGUUAUUAAUUACACACAAGAGCAAUAACUUGUAGUUUUUUGUAUAGUUUUUGAUUAAGAUGUUCUGUAAUUCCUUUUGAUCAUAUGUUACUUUCAGCAUGUGAAUUAUUUAGACUGUGGUCUGUCUUUAUGUACUAGUAAGUAGAGAUACAUUAAUCUUGUGCUAGUGCAGAAUAAUUUGUGCAUAGUGUAAUGUAAGAAAAAUAUCUUUGUUUCUCAAAAAAGUGCAAUUUCUCUUCUCGCUCUUUUCACUGUUGUCUGGGAAGCUAACUGUAUUUUUUAUUAUUGCUGAUCUGCAAUAAA